AUGGUACUCGUUUACUUACCUUGUCUGGAGACGUCAGCAACUGACGAGUAUGUGCUUGAAGUGCAACGGCCCGAGUUCAAUUUUGCAAAUGCUGGGAGUACCGAGAUGCCAGCGACUGACGAGUAUGUGCUUGAAGUGCAACGGCCCGAGUUCAAUCCUGCAAAUGCUGGGAGUACCGAGAUGCCAGCGACUGACGAGUAUGUGCUUGAAGUGCAACGGCCCGAGUUCAAUCCUGCAAAUGCUGGGAGUACCGAGAUGCCAGCGACUGACGAGUAUGUGCUUGAAGUGCAACGGCCCGAGUUCAAUCCUGCAAAUGCUGGGAGUACCGAGAUGCCAGCGACUGACGAGUAUGUGCUUGAAGUGCAACGGCCCGAGUUCAAUCCUGCAAAUGCUGGGAGUACCGAGAUGCCAGCGACUGACGAGUAUGUGCUUGAAGUGCAACGGCCCGAGUUCAAUCCUGCAAGUGCUGGGAGUACUGGUCAGCAAAUAUACCAUACAUCGGGUGCAGCAAUACACGCGUACCCUCAACCGUCAUACCCCCAUGCAUUCGCACCACAGGAGCAUGAUCCCCAUUCACUUAGCAUGAUCCAAGGUUUCCGUGGAGUGGUGAACUUUACUCACCCAAUACCAGGCCCUACAAGUAACCCUGGUGCGGCACCGUCGACUUUUCAGCCAUUCGCGAAUGCAGCAGCAGUGUAUGGAACCACACCUGAUGCAUCGCCAGUAAUCUCUCGCCAGCAGACACCGGCGCGCUCGCCCACCGUCCCUUACAGACAACCUCCUGGUGUUAACCCAAUGAUUCCCCCUUCCAAUCCUGUAGCCUCGCCAUUCACCCGAUCAUCCAGUGUUAGCGCGAGCACACUGCUGUUGAGCCUAUCGAGGUCAGCUUCGAUCAGUAGCAGCACACCAGAAGUGCAGACGCUCGCACCCACGUACGAUCAUUCUACUAUUGCAUCGUUUCCGCACUCCUCCAUUCAACAGGCACAGCUCUAUGAUGCCCCAGAAUCUGAAUUUGCUGCCAUGAUUCAGAGCAUGCAGCACGAGCAGCAGAAUCUAUCGACGCACCUGAAACUUAUGUACACUGAGUUUCAUGGCAUGGCGACGCGUGUAAACACCCUCGAAAAGGAUUAUGCUGACCAUCUGGCAAGUUGCAUGGCCAUUCAAGAAGCGGCGAGCAAGGAAAAGGCGAAGGGGAGUUCGGUGCCCAUGUUGGCGAAUGAUCAUCCCCAGAUGAAGAGUUUGAUCCACAUGAUGGUGUGGUCACUUCUCGCGAUAACCGAGAAGAACUUUGACAGUCUCGGGCGACACAAGCCACUGGAUAAUGGCCGGGACUAUGUAGAGCAAGAAGAUCACACGAAAAUAUGGCAUCCGCAGUGGCUAGCGCACAUGGACAAUGCAACAAACAAGCGCUUCAUCAAGGCUGUCACCACUCAAGUGUAUGACAAUGAAAAGUGCAUCCGUGAUGCCGGUGAUUCUGGAAACAUGCCGACUGCAUCGUUUGACUUGGAGAAGAUGAAGUCGCUCGUGCAGGAUUACCUCGCGAACCUGGCCGUCCGAUACAAGGAGCAGCAGACAUUGGAAGGGUGUACUAAUCGAGACAAGAGAAAUGUAUCAGGGCAGCAUCGGAGCAAGAGGUCGACGAAAACGAAAAAUUGUAGACACAUGGCUCAUGUGUUCGAGAAAAUGCACAACGUUACCGGCGCGUUGACUCUUCUGAAUACAGACUUUGCUUCGAGUGUGCACGAGAUUGACGAUGCCAAGGCCAGUGACGAUACUAAGAAGAGGCGGAAGGACCAGGGAUGCGCGACCAAUGGUAGUGCAGUCAUAUCUCAUCAGUGGCGUCGCAAACGAUAUGUGAUGUACCUGCGAUACCUCGACCACCUUCUACAACUUGAAGCGGAAUGCAAGCUGCUCACACAUCCAACUGUAGCGGCUAUGAGAAUGGCGGAUGAUGCAGUCGCAUCAACCACACUGGCUGUGGUAGAUAUUACUGGGAGUGGAACAAGUGCGGUCGGUGCUGAGGAAUCCACUUCAGUGACUGGAGCACAUAAGCGUAAGUGA